AGAGAGGAUGAGGACCUCAACUCAUGGUCUCAUACUGGCCUCACAUUAGACUAUCUAAAAUGGAAGCUCCGAUAUAUUCUGAAAAAAUGUACUGUAUUAUAGUUUAACGCUCAAACAUUCUCUUUUUGCAGAAACUAAACAACACCAUAUAAUGGGGUGCCAAACCCUCCAUCUCAAUCCUCAAUUUCUCUACAACGCACCAAACACAAGACGUUUCUCUCUCCAACCAAACCUUAAACUCCUCAAAACUACCUCUCUAUCCUCCAACAACCUAAACGAACCACUUUCAACUGCCACAAUCAAUCAAACACAAAACCCCACAACUCAUUCAUCCAACGUUAACUUCAAAACUCUAGGAGAUUGCAAGCUCGGCAUUUCCCGAUACCCUGACUUCGACUACAAUGCUUCCGGCGGUGCAGGCUCCGGCACAGCCACAAAGCUUUCUGAUGGCCAAGUUUACGUCGAGUUUGACGUAAAAAAGCUCUCCAUUCCACCCCUAUCCACGGCCACAACCACCUUCUUAGGGCUGCCGCUGCCGCCUUUCCUCAAAAUUGACAUAGUCCCAGUGGCCUUCCAGGGAGAAAUCAACCAAGAAUCCGGCAAGGUUGAUCUCAAGUUCAUAGCCGAGUUCUGCUUCUCGGUCGGUAGCCUGUACAAAGCGCGGCCGCUGCUUGUGGAGACGGUGUUGACGUCGGAAGAAUCAAAGGGAAAAAUGAGAGAGGGAAGAGGAGAGCGAAUGGAUGGAGAUGGGAAAUGCAGGCUUGUUGGGGUGGCGACGGUUGAGCCCAUCAACGACCUUUUCAUGGACACAUUUCUUAGCCUCCCCACGGAAUGUCUCGCAAAUUUGAAUGCUGUUAUCUCAUUUUCAACCACAGAAUAAUACCCCCUUUAUUAAAAGAUACACAUAUCUCUCAAACUAUACUCAUGUAUUUACCUUGAUGAAAUAUUAAUCUGUAACAUAUAUAUAUGUAUGGCGUAUGUGAUGUAAGCCAUGUUCAAUGAUACAGCAAUGUAGUUCAGAUAUAAAAUGAAGAGUUGCAGGUGGUUUUUGCUGCA